CUGUUUACCCGACGACAUCGUCACUUUUCCCACCACCACCAGCCUUGUGAUGAAGGUUGCCGUGAUCGGCGGCGGCAUUUCCGGGCUCUCGGCGGCCUACCUCCUUAGUCGACACCCUGAGAAUGACGUGACCAUCAUCGAGUCCGAGAAGGCCUUGGGGAUGGGGGUACACACCCUGAGAGUUGGCGACCAGCACGUCGACUGCCCACCGCGGUCGUUUUGCGCGUCGCAUUAUGUGAACCUCGCCGCCAUGUACGAAGAAGCGGGAGUCGAGAUCGUGCCGUAUCCUGGCGACAUGUCAUUCUCGGACUUUGGCGAGGCCGCAUUCUACUGCCACGCGAUGGGGUGGUGCAUCGGCGGGUUGCGCCUGCCCUCUCCAUGGCACGUUGCCGCCAUGUUGCGCAAGUUUUCGUUCCGCGCCAUCUACGAUCACGUCCAGUUCUUCCUGUCGCCCUUGGACGACAUCCUUCCCACGACCACGUUGGGCGAAUACGUGACGACCCAUCAGUUCUCCCACGAAUACCUCUAUGGCAUCCUCCUUCCCAUGAUGACUAUGAUUCUGACGUGCUCCAACGAAGCGUGCCUCAACUACCCCGUGGGGCUGCUCAAAACGUACUUGUCCAAGUCCAACGCAGUCAACCAAGUCGUGACCAAGCACGGAUCGACGUUGGCCGCGGCGCAACUCGCCAAACUUUGCAAGACGAUUUUGGUUGACACCAAGGUCACUGGCGUGUGGCAGGCCACCGACGACCGCCCCGCGCGCAUCGCGUACAUCACGAACGGCCUCGAACACGUCGAGGAAUUCGACCACAUCGUCGUGUCCUCGCAAGCAUGCAGCGCGCUAUCGUUCCUCAAGGACGCGGACGAGGCCAUGAUGGAGCUGCUGGCGGCCGUGCCCCACGAGACGGCGCAAGUCGUGAUCCACCGCGACCCCGUCCUCAUGCCGCGCGACCGACGGGACUGGUCAUUCUACAACUUCAUCACGGCCAAGCAAGGCCAGAAGCUCAAGCCGGGCAUCGUAGAGAACAUGGUCACGCUGUGGGUAGCCAAGUUUCACGCCAAAGAGUCGGACGCCGAGUCGCUGUUUCAAACGUGGAACCCGCUCGUGGACCCGCGGGAGGACCUAGUGCUCCACCGCGCCGAGUUUCUCCGCCCUCUCUUCACCAAGACGUCCCAUGAACUUGUCAAGAAGAUUCGCGCCCGACAAGGGCGAGGCAACCUGUGGUUCUCGAGCACGUACUGCGUCUACGCCGUGCCGUUGCAGGAGAGCGGCACCGAAGCCGCCGUGGAGGUGGCGGCCAUGAUGGGCUUCCCCGUCCACUGGCCGUCCAAGGAGAAUCAACCAGUGGUUGCAUCUUCGUCAUGGACAAGUUCGUCGUGGAUGAUUGGGGUGCCGUUGGUCCUCUCGGCCGCGAUCUACGUCCUGCCGCGGUUGGCCAGCAACCUCAAGACUCUUUAGGAAUAUCAUAUAAUUGCCGAUUUGUUUCCAUUUGAGGAAGUAUCAUUGGUUAAAUGUAUUGUUGUGGUCAUAUUUUAAGCCAAUGAAAAAUUCGAGUUGAUGGAAC